AAGUGAAUCGACGGCGCCCGGACGCCGCGGUGAGAGCCAAUCAGAGGGCGUGACGUCAGUUUGGCGGGGAGUUUGGUGGCCGGGGCUUACAGUGGCGGGAGUUGGAGGCUAUAACUAGUCCUCUUCUCAAGGACCCAAGUUGCGAGUUCUGCUGAACCGGUGGCAUCUCGACGACUUUCCUCUCCGUUGUGCCUUCCCCCCCGGCCCAGAUGCUCUUCAAUUCGGUGCUCCGACAGCCCCAGUUUGGCGUCCCGAGACAUGGAUGGUCUUCACAAUAUCCUCUACAGUCCCUUCUAACUGGUUAUCAGUGCAACUCUAAUGAUGAGCACACUUCUUAUGGAGAAACAGGAGUCCCAGUUCCUCCUUUUGGAUGCACUUUCUCUUCUGCUCCAAAUAUGAAGCAUAUACUAGCAGUUGCCAAUGAAGAAGGCUUCGUUAGAUUAUAUAACACAGAAUCACAAACCUAUAGAAAGAAGUGUGUUAAAGAAUGGAUGGCUCACUGGAAUGCUGUCUUUGACCUUGCCUGGGUCCCAGGUGAAUUUAAACUUGUUACAGCAGCAGGUGAUCAAUCGGCCAAAUUUUGGGAUGUAAAAGCUGGUGAGCUGCUUGGAACUUGCAAAGGUCAUCAGUGCAGCCUCAAGUCAGUUGCCUUUUCUAAGUUUGAGAAAGCUGUCUUCUGUACAGGUGGAAGAGAUGGCAACAUUAUGGUCUGGGACACCAGGUGUAACAAAAAAGAUGGAUUUUAUAGGCAAGUGAAUCAAAUCAGUGGUGCUCACAAUACCUUAGACAAGCAAACCCCUUCAAAACCUAAGAAGAAACAGAAUUCAAAAGGACUUGCUCCUUCUGUGGAUUCCCAGCAGAGUGUUACUGUGGUCCUCUUUCAAGAUGAGAAUACAUUAGUCUCAGCAGGAGCUGUGGAUGGGGUAAUUAAAAUAUGGGAUUUACGUAAGAAUUAUACUGCUUAUCGACAAGAACCUAUAGCAUCCAAGUAUUUCCUGUACCCAGGUAGCAGCACUCGAAAAUUAGGCUACUCCAGUCUGAUUUUGGAUUCCACUGGCUCUACUUUAUUUGCUAACUGCACAGAUGACAACAUCUACAUGUUUAAUAUGACUGGAUUAAAGACUUCUCCUGUGGCUGUCUUCAAUGGACAUCAGAACUCUACCUUUUAUAUUAAAUCCAGUCUUAGUCCAGAUGACCAGUUUUUAAUCAGUGGCUCAAGUGAUGAAGCUGCCUAUAUCUGGAAGGUGUCCACACCCUGGCAUCCUCCAACUCUGCUCCUGGGUCAUUCUCAAGAGGUCACAUCUGUGUGCUGGUGUCCAUCAGAUUUCACAAAGAUUGCUACCUGCUCUGAUGACAAUACACUGAAAAUCUGGCGCUUAAAUAGAGGCUUAGAGGAGAAAUCAGGAGAUAAAUUGUCCACAGUGGGUUGGGCCUCUCAGAAGAAAAAAGAGGCUAGAGCUGACCCAGUAACAGUGACAAAUAGCCAGAGUACUCCUGCCAAAGCCCCCAGAGUAAAGAGCAGUCCAUCUAGUUCCUCCCCUUCCUCAGCAUCUUGUGCUCCAAGCUGUGCUGGAGACCUCCCUCUUCCUUCAAAUACUCCCACAUUUUCUAUUAAAACCUCUCCUGGCAAGGCCCGGUCUCCAAUUAGCAGAAGAGGCUCCAUCUCCUCCAUCUCUCCCAAGCCACCUUCAUCUUUCAAGAUGUCCAUUAGACAUUGGAUCACCCAAACACCUUCCUCAUCACCACCCAUCACUCCACCUGCUUCUGAGACGAAGAUCACAUCUCCAAGAAAAGCCCUCAUUCCUGUGAGCCUGAAAUCAUCCCAAGCAGUGGCUUGCUCUGAGUCUAGAAAUAGGGUAAAGAGGAGGCUAGACUCAAGUUGUCUGGAGAAUGUGAAGCAAAAGUGUGUGAAGAGUUGCAGCUGUGUGACUGAGCUUGAUGACCCAGUUGAAAAGCUUCAUUUGGAUCUGUGCUGCCUUACUGGUAACCAGGAAGACCUUGGUAAAGACUCUCUGGGUUCUACCAAAUCAAGCAAGAUUGAAGGAGCCAGUAUGAGUGUCUCAGAGCCUCCUUCUCCUGCCAGUCCUUAUGCUUCAGAAGGCUGUGGGACACUGCCUCUUCCUUUGGGAUCUUGUGGAGAAGGGUCUGAAUUGGUGGGCAAAGAGAAUAGCUCCCCAGAGAAUAAAAACUGGUUAUUGGCCAUGGCAGCCAAACGGAAGGCUGAAAAUUCGUCACCACGAAGUCCAUCAUCCCAGACUUCCAAUUCCAGGAGACAGAGCGGAAAGACUUCUCCAGGCCCGGUCACUAUUACUCCCAACUCCAUGAGGAAAAUUUGUACAUACUUCCAUAGAAAGUCCCAAGAUGACUACUGUAGUCCUGAACGGUCAACAGAAUUAUAGAUCCUAAUCUGAGUAAGUUAACUGAACUUUGGCCCAUUAAAACAAGACAAAAAUACAACAGAGUGACUCUAUAACUCUGGUCUUUAAGAAAACUACCUUUUUUUUUUUUUUUUCAUUUUUAGAGACAAUCCUUUCAACUGAAAUUUACCUAGUCUGGUUCUACUACCGUAAUGUAUAUGCAGCUUCCUCACAAUGAAUGCUGUGUUUAAAUUUCAUAAACAUUUUCAAUAAGUAGUCUUCACUUUUUUAAUUAUGCAUCUUCUCUACAAUAAUGACAUCCCAGACUAUAGAGAUGAAAAACAAGACUUGUCUCUUGUUACUCUGAGACUUUGUAUCCAUAGUUUAAAGUAUCUGCUGGCCAUAGCAGGAAGCCUGUCUGUGAAGGCCCACUGCUAAAGAAGUCUUCUUUUGAAGACCCCUGGAUCUGUGCUGCCUCAAGAUAAUAUACUUGCAUUUAAAAUAUAUAAUCUUUUCACUAUACUUUUGGGUUUUUUUUAAGUAUGUGUAAAAAUGUUAUGUUAAGAUAAGUACAUUUACAAUAAUUUAGCACAUGAUUCAAUGAUACAGUUCCUGUAGUUAAAAUCAUCUUUAUUUUAAAAACAGUCAACUCUUUGGAGAAAGUAGAAAAACACUAGAAACUUUGUCUUUUUCCCCCAAAAUAUAUCUCCUACACAAGAUUUAAGUUCCUCAUAUUUUUGCUACGCAAUCUACUGUUACGAACUCAACAUCAUGUUCUGUAAGAGGUUGUGAUUUUUGCCAUUUACAAGAGGAGAUGUUUAUAAACCUAGUAGUCAUACACUGAAGCUGGGGUUUGAAUUCAGUCCUCAGUUCUCCAGGUGCUGCAACUUUAAAAAAAAAAAAAUAGGUCAUCAGAUUUUAAGAAAAAGUAACAGUUUCUUAUUAAUACUUUUAUAAAAGUAGGUAGCUCUAAGCUGAAAAUCCGGAACCUCAAAAAUAAAUCUUGGCUUUAACUUGCUUUUUUUGGCUUCUCUUCAUAUACAUAAAAAGCAGUGGCCUUCUAAUAUAGCCCUGAGUCAAAAAGUUAUCGGAUUUUUUGUAGAUAUUUAAUAUAGAGUGUAUAGACUAACUCUAAGUUAUAAUGUGCAAAAUAUUUUGAACAUCCCUUCCCUUAAUCAACAGUUACAUAUCAAUCAUCUUGAGAUGAACUGUUGUUUUAUAUUUCCCCCCAUUAUAACCUUAUAGAAACAAGCUUCAUGUACUUUCUAUGCGCUGUUGUCCUUGCAAGGGAGUCCCCUUCCAAUCAUGAAACUUGACUCAUUUUAUCUAUAUAUCUGAGGACUAUGGAGACUUCAUUCAUAUAUUUGUGAUAAUUUUCAAGUCUAUUCUUAAUGAAAACUCUUUAAUUCUUCUGAUUCUUAUAAGUUAAGCUUGUCACUGCAAAGGUCAAUUAAGCAUGGGUUCUCUUGGUUUUAUCCGAGGAGAAAAAUAAGGGAAGCUAUAAAAUUGUCACUUCAAAGCAAAGCACACACUAGUAUUAACUGAAUAUUUAGGAACUCUACAUAUAUCUGUGUUUUUAUUUUUGAGUAUUAGACUGUGGGAAGGUAUUUAUGACCAAUACUUGCAGGUAAUGCUCUCUAUCUAUCCAUCUUUUGAUUUGAAAGCCAGUAGGGAAAAUAAUCCUUGAAAAAGAAAAGGAUAACUAAAAUAGAUGAUUUUGUUCUUUGUAUCCCUGCACAUCUCCUGACAGCUCUACUGAGUGAAAUUGGGGUAAAUGUGGCUGUCAGAAGCUAUUGAGAAGCUGCUGGGUAUAACAUGUCUCACUUGGAAAACUAGUACUUCAAAUGGGUGCCAAAGGUCAAAUGUAAUGAGAUAAUUAUCCCUGUUUGUGUCAAUGUCAUUCUUUGAGCUGAUCCUGAAUAAUAAAGCCUUUUACCUUA